UUCGCGAAACACCAAAAAGUGCCCAAAAGUAACAUUUCUUGUUAAGGGACCCAUUAGAAACGGUCCUCAAGGACUACUAUAUUGUUACUAAAAAAGGAGAAUUGUCUUCUUUUCUCAGUAAUUGGCCUGAGGCAAGACUUUUCCCGUUGAGCAAUGGAUUCUGUCACGGCGGACAUGAAUUCGCCAAAUGGGGCGGUCCCUCCGUGGAAUAAUCAAGGAACUAAUAAUGACAAAGUGCAUAGACGAAAAACUAGUGGCCCUAAUCAAUCAUCUCUUGGGUUUUUUCUAUCAAAUCGCGACAAGAGUUUCCGAUGCUCCAAUUUACAUCAAAGUUUUUCAGCUAGCUCUUCGGAAGCUUCUCCAUCUACUACAUCAGUCACUCCAAACUUUUCUCUAGGCUCUGGACUGCUCAUAAAUAAUACCUCAUCCUUCGUCGACCCGGACGAAGACGAUGAUGAUAUGCCGUUGGCCAGUUCAACGAAUCUUAGCGGAACAAACAUACUCUCGACACCGAGAAAGACACACUGCAUACCUCCGUGCACUACUCCAAACUCCUGUUUUGCUGCUUUCUCCCGGCAGCAGCGGUCUUCCUACAGUCCGUCCCCUACACGAUUCCCUUUAAAGUCCAUUCAUUCCGUCCAUCGUCGCAAGUCUUUACUCCCUAAACCAAAAACAUUCCAGCGUGUUGCACGGGCAUUGCAGGAAGAAGCAGCUCCGUUACAGACGGAAAUGUUUCACGAAGCCGCCAUCUCACGUCUCUUCCAAGAAUCACAGUCUUCCUGCGAUAAUAUUUUUGCUAAUAAGCAACAAGAAUCUUCUUUUACACUACAUCGAAAACCACACGAAAAUCUUUUUACUAAUGACUUUUCAUCGUCAGAAGCAAUGUCUCAACGACAGUCAAGCAAACUAGCAGAACGAAGCAGCAAUGACAUUCCACUGCCACAGUACGAAAGUACCGAUGUGCCGACUCCAUGCUCGUCUAUGGGUACACCUGUUCGUUCAACAGAGUCUUUUAUAGACAUUAUCACCACUCCGUUGAGCAGUGUUUCUCGCACUCGCAAACGCGGUCUUGACGACAGCUACAUAGAUUCGUGCAAAAGGCGUGCCGUUUCUCCAUCACUGUUGUCUUCAGCAAAUCCCGCUUCCCUUCAUAACUCCCCUCGCUUAAAUUCCAAUCUUGCACGACGAAGCAGCUCCAUCCCAAUUACCGACACACGCGAAGUCCUUAUGAAUCUAAAAUUAUAAAGGCAUCUCUAAAAGGCUCUAAAUGUUGUCACACACAUUCGGUGCUUCUUCUGCCGUUGUGUACACACUACCUUGCGAAUGACCACGAUGCAAUUUGCUCUCAUUUUCUCAUGCAAUUUUUCGUCCUUCUUUUCUCUUUAUCUUUCUUCCCCUUUUUUAAUUUUGUAAUAUUUGCAAUAACGCUAAUCUUUUCGGAAAAAGACGGACAUGUUUCAUUUAACCAUCUAUCUGUAUGUAAGUUUCAUAGUGAACGUAUAAUUUCUUAUUUAUACGUAGAAAGAGUAAGAGAAGGG